AAAAGCUUACAACUACGUACGAAGUAAAAAAGAAAAAGAAAAACCCCUAUACCCGCCAAAACUUGGAGUAAGUAUUCCUUGCAACAAGCAAAGCGCUUCGAUUUUUUCCUUUCCUUACAACAAAAGGGAAAACAGAACGACUUGAGUACAUAAAUCAAGUUUGUACACAACAAGUAUUAUUUGAGUAGACUUACAAGAACCCGACGCCCUUCUCUCUUUCUGUUUAUCAAACUUCCUCGGUUCAAUCAAACGAAAAUACCCCACAACUACAUCCUUCUCUUGUGCCGUGUUGUAGUCUAAACAUCGCAGCACAUAAUAUCAUCUUCUUUGACUCUUUCAUCACGAUGGCUGCUGGUCGCGUUAUCGGAAAAAUCAGUGCCGCCGCGGCUUCGGCCGUUGUUCUGCAGGCGGUGAAUUUUUAUCUUUUUGCGGACAUGCUCUUGCAGACGAGCCAAGUAGCGGGGAUGAGAACAGUCGGAAGUCCUCGUGGUACUGGUAGUGCUGGUGCUGGAAGUGGAAGUGCUGGUGGGCGUCCUUCUUCGUCUACUCGUCGUCGACGAACUCCAUCUCCAUCUCGUGCUGCAUCUUCAUCUGCGUCAGCUAUUAUUCAGAGCAAACACCAUCCCUGGAUGUCUGGGAAAGUGCAAAGAAACUUCUGAUGCGUCUCGUGGGUCAGACAUGAUUGCCAAAAGUUGUCCAUUUUUGUUGACAAGUGUGGGAGGAAGUUUCUCAUGAUACAUACCUAGUCAUCAUACAUACUAGAGACCGCACAGAAUCUGAAUCUGUCAUUCUAGGUCCUGCAUUCGCAUUCCAGAUCUCAUGGGGCAUAGAAAACCUGCACGACAUCAAACCUUGCACCCUUCCAGGCCCAAAAAUAUUUGCAAUGCAUACCGUGCGCCGGACCCGGACGAGCUCCCUCCCGCUGUGGUCGUCCGUCCAGUCGUCCCAGAAGUCCUCGUGCAUCUCGAGAUGCCGUGCCUCCUGCCGCCACGGCCGUGCAAGAACAUACAUCCCCAUCUCGUUUUGGUCCGGAUCCCACUCCGGAGAACGUCAAAGCGCGCCACGACAUGGCAAUCGUAGCGGUGACCCGCUUGAUUUUUAAGUACCGCUUCGAUGCGCUGCAGCAGGCACGACACAAGGAAAUGAUUCUGAUGCUGAAAGACAUAAAAGGAAAAUACGGCGACUCCUAUAAUACAAUCAGGGCGAAAAUGGCAGCGGACAGGAUGGACGUCGACGAGAUCGACGCGACAGCGGACAUCCUGGCGCGCGAAUACGGUCCUGGUUACCUAGAAUUCUUCCGGAAGGACUUCCGCUUUGAAGAGAGCUUCCCACAUGACCUCCAAUUAGCACUGUGUGGGUCCAACCUGAAGACCGCGUAUCUUGAUUGGCUAAAGGCGACGAGCCGCCUUGACGAAUUUAACAGGCACGACCAUCCGGCAAGCGCAGACGCGACCAAGGACUUGAGUGACAGGUUUACGAACCUGGUGAAAGCAGAGAUGUCAGAGAUUUUAUCAAUCCGCAUCAUAUCCCACAGAAAAGAAGAAGCACGCCCAUACUAUAGUACCUCCAGAGAACAAAAACUAGACUUGCGCUCUUGCUGUAUAAUUUUUCGGCCCCCCAAAGAGGACUGCGUAAUGCGGAGACGCCAAGAGAUAGAUGAUGGAGAGGCAAUUUUUGUAAUGUUACGGAAUGCAAUUACCAUUUCUUGUACAAGCGCAGAAGAAGUUUCGUGAUUACUAGAGUGAGCGGCGCCAAGAAAUUUGUCAUGCUGAGAAAGGAGCGUCGAUAAACCGCACUCAAUUAAGUUUAUAAGUAUUUUGUUUCGGGAAUUGUAGGUGUAGUACUUUCUUGUGGGAUAGCGCACUCUGCCGGAGGAUGAAGCUGACGCGGCGGAGGUCCCUUAUCCAGGAUGAAAGGUCGUCCACCCGUUAGUGUAGUUUGUUCGGCUGCAGAACAGCAUCGCAAGUUGGUCUCGCAUGACGGAAAAAUCCACCUUACGGCUACGCGCCAGCUAGUGGUAUAAUCGAUGGAUGAAGUCACGAGUGACUCUAUAUCAACACACAGAUAUAGUAUAUUUUCCAGCAUGACCUAUGACCACAGAGACAGGGAGAGGCGGUGACAGCGUUGUCGAUAGAAAUGCUCGUUGCUGUUCUGCAUGUUGUACAACGGAUUUGCACUGGCGCAGCUGUUUUUGUGAAUACCCUGGGCGUCGAGGUCAUCGUGUCUGAACAAGGGCGGGAAGAAAAACGCAUGUUCGUUCCCGCCGCCGCGUGGGGGUGGAACGGUGGCAACACACACCGAGACGAAACGCGUCUCGUUGCUGACAUUCUACCAGACAUCGAAAAGGAGGUACGCUGGUUUCUGGAUCCGUCGUACGAGCAUGACCUCGAGCUGUCCCGCGAAGGCGAAGGACUUGGGUCGCAACGUGGGGACAAGAUUUCUCCUUUGCAGGUGGGGCACACUGUGCGCUUCAGGGUCACCGGUAGAUGGAGCAACCCCACUCUCUUUGGAGCAACCCCAACUGAGAGUCUCAGUCCUGAAGUGAGGCUGGUCGCCCUCCAGAGAAGGGAAACGGAAGUCGCCACGGUCUUGCCCUCGCUAGAACGCGCCAUCCGUCGGGAGAAAGAGCGCUUGAGCGGACGAAAACCUGGUCGCGGCGUGAGAAGGGCUUGUCUGCGCCUCUCUGAUCUCGGUGGCUCGCGCGGAGGACCGCAAGAUUCGCAUGUUCAACAGGUCUACGAUCAGUAUGCGCAACACCGUAUGGAAAGAAAAAAGAAAGCCAAAGCCAUCGCCACCGUCAUGUCGCGGCUGAUAAAUUGAUCAUCAUAAUAAUCAAAUGUUUAAAUUUUUCUCUGAACGAAAGGGAAAGUGAAGCUACAACUUCGCAAGAAAAAAAGACAGGCGCUCUAAAAGUAUUGCUUGCUGGCAUUAUAUUGGUCGAAAAAAGCAAGAUUAUCGGACAUGAUUUGCGAUCAACUCAGUACAGAAGGAAUAUGAAGGAAAGGAAAUUUUAUGCAUUCGUUCGCACAGACGAGCUGCAUGAAACAGAAGAAGUGGCGCAGAGCAGAAAGUGGUGGCGGUGAUGGUCGUCGUUUUCCUCUCUACAAAGCUUAACACAGUGCGGAACCAUAUCCGGGCGGUUAGGCGGCGGUGAAAGUC